GUUGUUAAGAUAAAAAUAGUAAAAUUAAAAGUAUUUUUAUUUUAUAUAGCAGGUUAGCUUAAAAUAAGUAUUACGCUUUUAUGGGUAGUCAUUAUUUGUAAUUCACAGAACUUCCAGCAAUACACACGAAUCUCGGGUCUUUAGAAACUCAAAAGUUUUUGAGCGGAGCCAUCACCGUCGAUUCCAACAUUCACUUGGUAAGAGAACUAUAAGCAACUAGCUGAUGAAUCAGAACUGAAGAAAACCACCGGCUCGUAAUUGCUGCCUGGCUAGAGAGACAAGGGAAAGGAAGGGGAAGAAUGGAUUACCAUAUAGAGUAUUGAUCGGAGAGGCAGCCAACCCUGGCCCACCAGCCCCAGUGACUUAGGACAUCCGCUUGCUUACAGUCACAGUUUUCAAUUUGUGUGCAGCGGCACGCUUCAAGGAAUAUAUACUCGUGCUCGAUACUCGUGCUCGACUGUUCAUCCCGAAGUGGACACAUGUUCGGGGCGCUGCUAGUAUGCCAGGAUGGUCAUUAAGGUGGGGAUUUUAUGAGUACAGAGUUUUUUCGGCUUAUCAAACGAACACAGAUACUGUCGUGCUACCGUCGUAUAUCGAAAGAGAAAGAAAGAGAGAGAGAGAGGGAGGGCUUUCUGGUUUUCUUGCCUUCAAUCCUGAUGUGUGUGUGUACAACGCUAAUGAGAUAAGCUGUUGAUAAAAGGGAAAUCUCGUUACUCGCUGAGAAGAAUAGGCCUCUCGUCGGCUCGAGUUGAUCAUUGUUGAUCACAACACAGCGAGUGCCCACUCAGUGUUUGUUUUUUUGUUUUUUAUGUGAACGCCAACUGUCACGUGUGGGAUGAUAAUUUCAGAUGUACACUCACAGCAGCGCAAGACUUGAUUCCAUCUAGUGUUUUUUUUUUUUUUAAUUUUUAUGUUUUUCUUCUCUUCCAUAAUGUGAUAUGUUUGUUAUCUCAGAUGUACGUUCACAGCAACAGUUCAAGACUUGAUUCCAACUGAUUCCAUCUACUGGAUUUAAAAAAUAAAAUUGAAUUUUUUUUUUUCCCUCUUCCAUAAUGUGAUAUGUUCUUUAUCUUUCGUGGAUCGAAAAAUAACCUGUUGUCGUCGCCGCCACACUAAAUUUGUGUUGUUUUAAGCCACGCUUCGACGAUGCACGUCCACUUUGAACAGACGACGUCAUCGCGGACCGACUCAACCAUCCAGUGUCUGUCGUGGAUGGGGAAAGUACCUGACGGCCUGCCAGACGAGGGGGGAGGGUGGAAGCUCAACAGGUCUCAGUACUACAUGGAGGGCUGGCUGGCCAGUGGCAAUGCCAAGGGUGUGGUCGGGGUGACCUUCACCACCAGCCAUUGCCACAAGUAUGACGCGCCGCCCCGGUCCAACUUCAACCUGAGGGGACAUCGCAGUGAGACAGUUUUGGUUCGGUGGAACGAGCCCUACCAGAAACUGGCCACGUGUGACAGUCGUGGGGUGAUCUUCGUGUGGAUUAAACACGAAGGAAGAUGGUCCAUAGAACUCAUCAAUGACAGAAACAGUCAGCGGGCUAUUUUGCCAGAAAAUAAUUUCAGGGUCACAGACUUUGCCUGGUCUCACGAUGGCCGUAUGGCAUUGAUCUGCUACCGUGAUGGGUUCGUCCUUGUGGGGUCGGUAGCUGGCCAGCGGUACUGGUCCUCCAUGUUGAAUCUCGACAACACUUCUAUUACUUGUGGAGUUUGGUCCCCGGAUGACCAGAAGGUGAUGUUUGGUACGACGGAUGGGCAGAUAAUUGUGAUGAGUUCCACUGGCGCCAUGGUUUCCCAGGUGACCAUUCACGAAGGCAUGGAGAUCUCUUCCAUGGCCUGGUCAUGUGAACGCUUCAACAUGGAGGAGGCGGAAUUCACGGAUGAGAACCACAAGUGUGAACAAGGUUUGUCAGGCAGAAACAAUCCAAAGAACUAUACGCUGGCAGUGUCGUUUAAAUAUGGUGACGUUUUCCUUCUCACCAGCUAUGACGAUGUUUGUCCGAAAAUUGUCUACACAACUCUUACAGGUUUGCGGAUGGAUUGGUCCAACUGUGGUGAAUACUUGGCUGUGGCUGGUUUCAUCAGACUUCCAAACCUGCAGUGCAGGAAUGAACUACACUUCUACUCCAAAGACGGCAAACUCAGACACUGGGUCAUCAUUCCAUCUCAGGGUAAACCAUUGACAGCAUUAACAUGGGGUCACAACGACAGGCGACUGUUCAUGGCCGCCGGCUGUCACCUGUACGUUGCAUGGAUUAGCAAACAGGUUGCGCCACUGCAGUUCUUGUGCCAGCGAGUCGUCAAAAAGGUGGUGCGUCUGGAGAAAAACAUUGACAAACUUCCAAUACCAACGAGACUGAGGCUUGGUGCACAGGCUCUGUUUUCUCCCACGAUAAAAAGCUAUAUUCCUGACCCUUUCAAAUUACGUGAGUUUGUGAGCACUCCACCUCCAGGAAAUGAGCGCAUGUUCUGCACAAUGGUUCGCCACGGAGACGAGACGUCUGGUGGACAUUACACGUUGUAUUUGGAAUACCUCGGUGGUCUUAUUCCUCUAUUGAAGGGGAAGCGGGCAAGCAAAUUGAGGCCAGACUUUGUGAUAUACGACCCCAAGAUAAAAUCUACUGGUAGAGACCAGCAGGACCAUGGUGGCGGUGACAGCAGCAGCAACACGGAGUCCGACACGGAUGUGUCUGGGGAAGGGUGUGGCUCACCUCGCAUGCAGAGGAAGCGGCGCCAGAAACACUUCCGCGCCGAGAAGGUCGACCGCAGCAUCACGUUCCGCACACUCGACGAACUGCUGUAUAAUGACAACCUGCCGGAGAGCAGUAAACUAGUGGAGGUGACCUCGAACAUCUGGGGCACCAAGUUCCAGAUCGUUGGGUGUGCGUCCUUCCUGUCCGAGCUGCUGGGUCACGUGGUCUACAAGACAAGUCUGCUGCACCUGCAGCCGCGCCAGAUGACCAUCACUCUCAGCGAGAUCAGCGGCAGCUCACAGCAGCUGUCCCGCGACCCCAACUUCACUCCCGCCAGGUUCAGCGAGGAUGAGGAUGAUCUGGCUUGCAAUGAAAAUGGAGACAGUGACCUUCUAGCGGAGAUUCUCUCUGACAGAAACAAUCCUGUCUCUCCGGAAAUCACAGUGGCCAAUCAGAUUUCAGUAGACAUUCAGCCCAUGAGCAGGCCAACCAAUAAUCGUAGGUCACCGAACCAUGUUGAGGAUGUUGGACAUUCCUUCAACGGUGCCCUGAAUGUGAACGGUGCCCUGAACGUGAAUGGUGCCAUGAAUGGUGCCAUGAACGGCCACGUCAGCCUGACCUCGGACAACAGCAGUCCGACUGCCUCGUUCCUGCCCAGUCGGUUGACACAGUCUGGUAGCCUGCGGUACAGGUCGCUCUCGCCCGUGCGAAACGGCCUGAACCACAACUCUCUGCUUCCGAAGGAGGCGGGCUCCGACGGCUGCGUGUCAAACGAUAUCUAUGCCAACCAAGGUGCUAGACCCAAAAUCAAGAGUAUGCAGCUUAGUAGUACCGUGCGAGCUUCCAGUAUGCAACAAACCUCAACCGCAACCAGUGGUGCGACUGUCGUCAUUGCCAAUUCUUCUUCGGAUGCAACCGCCCAAGUGCCCAGGUACGUCUCCGGCAGCAGCAGCGCCGUCGUCGUGGAGUCGUCUUCAUCAUCAUCCGGCCAGCUGGCCUCGUCACGCGUGUCUGCAAACAGUUCGCGGUGGGCGGACCCCGCGGGCCAGGCACUCAAGUACAUUGAUGAUGAGGCCCCCGAGAACACGGAGAUGCCAUUCGAGAACAAUCUCGUGGGCGAUUGCAGUCCAACUGCGCCCACCACCGUCGACCUGCAGCGGCGUCUCUACCUUGCUCAACAGGGAUCCAUGAGCGACAGUGCACCCACCGAUGCCACCACCAAGACUGCUGGCAACAUCAGUGCAAAGAGUAGUCACUCCAAGAGGAGCAGCUGUGAUUCGGUUCCCGCGGAACGGCAGGAGGGGGAGGAGACUCGUGAUCUGUUUGACCUCAGUGACAUCCUCCCCGUCACCCACGGCUCCGUGGACCGGGGCAUGGACGUCGUGUCGAACUCACUGUGUGAUUCACCGUUUGCUAAUGGGAGCGGGAUCGAGAUCCUGCAGAGCGCCUCCCUGCCCGCAUCGCCAAUCCACCGGAACAGCUCCCCAACGAGACGCUUGCGGGAGGAGGUGCUCAAGAACAAGACUCAGCAUCUGAGCCCGGUGUUCAAGAGAAAGUGCAAUCAUUCGCGGGGGGUGGACAGUUCCGACGAAGACCUGCUCAUUGCCCUCGCGGAAAUCAAACAGGGCCGGACGUACAAGAACCUGGAGACUUUUCAAAAAUCACAGCUCAAGCAAAAGCUUCGGAGGGUUCGAGGCCACGGAGGGCGUACGAGCAACCAGCAGCAGUUUGUGAUGCACAACAAGGCACCGCUGUGGAACGAGAACAGCCAAGUGUACCAGCUCGACUUCGGGGGCCGCGUCACGCAGGAGUCGGCCAAAAACUUCCAGAUAGAGUUCCGUGGAAAACAGGUGAUGCAGUUUGGCCGCAUUGAUAGCAACGCGUACACUCUGGAUUUUCAGUACCCGUUCACUGCCAUCCAGGCCUUCGCUGUAGCUCUGGCAAAUGUCACGCAGAGACUUAAAUAGAAACCUUAUUGUUUUUGACAUAUCUCCAGAGAACAUGUUCCCGAUUCGUUCAAAUUACACAGGAUUAAUUUAUUACAGGAAUCUCUCAAAGACUAUUAGAACUGUGUAACCUGCUUUUACAAACAUGCAUACAUCUAUCCAGCCUUGAAAUAUAGGUGUUUCAUUUCAUAAAUGGCAUCAUAAAAGCUGACACAAAUAUUAUUUUGAAACAACGUGCAAUAUAUAUAUAUACUGCUGUGUUAUUAUUUGUCACUGCAAAUGUAACUGGCGAUUGUCGUUUGUGAACAGUUUUUAAUUUUAAAAUGUUUUAAAUUCUUAGCAAAGUAAGGUUAAAGAAACUGUUCUGAGUUCACUGCCAUUGUAAGAUGUUUCCGGCUAAUAAAAUCUUUUAACAAAAUAUCAGUGUUUGGAAUAUCAGUGUCCGGAUAUUCGAUGUGUUUCUGGUCAUCUUAAUGUUUGCAAGUAGCCCAAACUGGAUUUGGUCUCCCAGCGAUUUCAUAUGUACCAAAACAUAUACAGUAAAACCUGUCCAAACCGGACCCUGAACAUACCGGAAUCAUCUCAAAACCGGCUGAGUUUAAUGGACCCAGAGUUUUUAACUUCUAAAACGGGACCCUCUAAACACUGGAUCCUGUCUAAACCAGAUAAAUAUUAAGUCCCCAGCAUGAUCUGGUUUAGACAGGUUUCACUGUGUAUAUAUAUAUAUAUAUAUAUAUAUAUAUAUUAGGAAAUAAAAUGUUUGAUCUAUUACAAACACUAGGAUGAUGAAAAACACAUUUAAUAUACAGCCACUAAUAUGCUAUGCAGUGAUAAUACAUUUAAUAUGUAAUUCCAGUCAUUAAAACAUCUCUGUUAGUCGGCAACAUCUUAACAAUGGCAACAUACUCAGGAUAGUACAUGUCUCUUUAAGUAAUGUCAAGCAGCUUUUGAUAUGCUCGGAUUUGACUGGGUGUGAAAGGUUGGUAGAAUCUUUAGGAAUCUAGUCCAAUUCUGCAUUCAUAAUUAGCCAUUUCUCCACAUAGGGUUCUAUUCAAUCAAUUUGCAUAAGAAAUUUUAAGAAAAAAAAGAGUAAUUUAGGAGUUGUUUAACAAAUUACCAUAAAACAAUACUAUAUAUUCAUUUUAAUGUAUGUGUGCUUCUAUACCUCAUUCCAGUGACUGAACUUGUGUGUGUGUGUGGGGGGGGGGGGGGGAGCUUUCAGUUUGGCUUGACCUGAAGAGAAGAAAUGUUUUAAAAGUAACACAAAGUUUAAAUUUUGUGUGUGUAAUUCUUAACAUGUUGGUCAGGAUCUAAAUAAAACAGCAUAACCUGUCA